AUUGGAAAAUCAAUGACAAGUGAGAAGCAGAAACAUCGGGAAGUAUGGGUAGUAUGGUAAAUUAAAGAAUGAUUUCUUCAGUCUUCUAAUCUUCUGGGCAGUAGUAUUAAACUCAACCAAUGAGAAAGAAAGAGAGAGAAAAUAGAUAUACACGAUUACGUGUGUUCCAAGCGAAAAGCCGAAGUAGUGAAGCCUACACUUUUGCUCUGCUUAUCCCUUUCACCUUCUCUAUCCCUCUUUCUCUCUCUCAACUAUUUUCUGUUGGGUUUUCUAUUUUCAAGGGUUUUUUUUUUUUCUUUGGAGUUUUGUUCUGUUUUUCUAUCUUCUGUUUCCUGGAAAAUUUAUUUUCUUCAGGGGUGGUUGAAUGAGUGGUCGUUUUUGAGAGAGUUAUUUGGUUGGUUGUUUGGUGGAAGUGGAAAAUUGGGGAAAUGAGGAAAUCGUUCAAGGAUUCCCUUAAGGCUCUUGAAGCUGAUAUCCAGUUUGCCAAUACUCUGGCUUCUGAUUAUCCUAUGGAAUAUGAUGGUGCCUGUCUCCAGAUGAGAUUAUCCUACAGUCCAGCUGCUCAGUUUUUUCUGUUUCUUGUUCAAUGGACUGAUUGCCACCUUGCCGGUGCCUUGGGGCUGCUUAGAAUUCUCAUUUACAAGGCUUAUGAGGAUGGAAAGACGACCAUGUCUAUUCAAGAAAGAAAAGCUAGUAUAAGAGAGUUCUAUGGUGUGAUAUUUCCCUGUCUAUUGCAACUUCAAAGAGGGAUCAACGAUGUAGAAGAGAGGAAACAAAAAGAGAUUUGUGCAAAGUACAAAAGGAAAGAUGAGAUGGAUAGAGGGAAGCUCUCUGAAAUUGAUCUAGAGAGAGAUGAAGAAUGUGGAAUUUGCAUGGAGAUGAACACCAAAGUUGUGUUGCCCAAAUGCAGUCAUUCAAUGUGUUUGAAGUGCUAUCGGAAUUGGCGAGCAAGGUCUCAGUCUUGCCCUUUCUGCCGGGACAGCAUUAAGAGAGUUAACUCAGGCGACCUGUGGAUCUAUACCUGCAAAAAUGAGAUUGUUGACUUGUCAUCAAUAACAAGGGAAAAUUUGAAGAGAUUGUUCAUGUACAUUGACAAGUUGCCUCUCAUCAUUCCAGACCCAAUAUAUGCCUCCUAUGAUCACCGUUACAGGUGAGGACUAUCUUGUGCAGAACUGGAAUUUUUUGUAUAUAAUAUCUAGUUGAUUGUAUAUGAUUAUUGUUUCUCCUUCGUUUGGAAGACAUUUUAGAAUUGUAAAUACAAAUUCAUGAUUGCAUGAA